AUGGAUGUUGGUUUCAAGGAAGAAGAGAAGGGCUACUAUGCUGGAAUUGUUGCCUCUGCUUUGUUUCUAGGAAGAUUUUUAUUGUGGGGCUGGUUGUCAGAUAAGAAGGGACGCAAGCCAAUCAUUCUGAUCACUGUGAUUCUGAAUGGGGUUUCCUCAUUGGCGUUUGGCUUCACGACCACUUUGUGGUUUGCUUUUGUGACCAGAUUUAUCUCAGGACUUGUUAAUGGUACUGUUGGAACAGCGAAGACAAUUUUAUAUGAGAUAUCAGACAACACAAACCAGGCUGUGGGCAUGUCCAUCAUAUCAGUGGCUUGGGGGUCGGGAAUUAUAGUUGGUCCUGCCGUCGGAGGAUACCUGGCGAACCCAUGCAAGAGCUAUCCAGACGUGUUCCCAUCUGAAGGUUUCUUCUACAAGUUCCCAUAUUUCAUUCCCGGUUUUGCAGCAUUCAUAAUCUGCCUCAUUCCCUUCCUGCUAGAUGUAUUCCUGCUGCCUGAGACUUUAAAACAGGAAAUAGAGAUAGAAAGUGACCCAGAGGAUGUACAUGACAAGACAAGUUUACAUUCCUUACCACAUCAUUCCCCCUGCCUCUCCCCUGUACCACGAUUCAAACCCCUCCAUCUACCCUACCCCAGGCCUCUUCCCUCUCCUGCGGCAUCCUCACAUUCCCAUUAUCACUUCUCUUUUGACCCACCAACUCCCUGCCUCAAAAUACCUAGACAGACAAUAUCAGUACAAAGUGCAACAGCAAUAGUUAUAGAAGAUUCAAAUGGUGCUGUACAGACAGAUAAUGGUAAUGUUGAUGUACAGAAAGUGGACCAAACAUGCUUUAAGAAGUUCUUGAAUUAUCCAGUUAUACAGAUGAUGAGGCAGUUUGAAGUUAUAGUUGCUGUAUCAUUGUACAGCUUGUUCUCAUUUAGUGUGAUAGGUGUGGAGGAAAUCUUCACUGUAUGGGCUGCCACAGAUGUUCUCCUGGAUGGUCUGGGGUUCGAGCCCAAUGAGAUUGGCGCAGCUCUUGGUGCAUCCUCAUUUCCCCUGUUGUUUCUGCAGUUGUUUGUUUUCCCCAACCUCUGUCGCAGAUUGGGUAUUAAAAAGACACUUCUUGUGUGCACAUUGAUACUGCUAGCAGUCACCCAAGCCAUGCCUUGUCUUCACCUUCUCUCCAGCAAUCCUGUGAGUUUGUGGACGCUUCUAAUCUUGUUGAGCUGCGUACAAAAGUUAAUGGUCAGCUGUGUGUUCUCAUGUACUGGUUUGUUGAUAAAUAACUCCGUCCAGCCCCACCUAGCAGGCACUGUAAACGGAUUGGCAAUGACCGUUACUGCCAUGACAAGGUCAAUAGCGCCUUUAUUUGGAGGAUCUGUAUACACUUGGAUAGUGUCAUACGCGUCUAAAAACAUCGGACCACCGUUUGACAUCAGUUUUGUAUUCUUCUUGUUUGGUCUCAUCUACUUUAUUGUGUGCCUGGUUGGAGUUACAAUCCCUAACAGUCUCAACGAACAGAAGAAGUAGGAAACUAUGUGUGAUGUGGUAAGAAACAACUCACCAUAUGUAUCUGAAGUGUAUAUCUGAAGAGUAUACGAUAGGGUAACCUUUUUUAGCUUGUCUGUUUUUCUCAGAAGAAAACAAGGACUCGUCAUAGAAUAGGUGCUGUCCUCUGAGUUGUUGUCAUCAUCUCCAUCAUGCAGAAUCCUCAGUCUGGACAAUGACUCAAAUCCCAUUCAAGAUUUUUACAUGUAACUUUGUUCCAUAUUGCAAAAUAAAUUGUGCACAUGACAUGAUGCGAAACAAGGCCCAUAACUGCCGUCUUAAGUUUUGUUGAAUUAUGUCCACAAACUCUACACAAUUACAAACGAGUGUUAAAAGAGUGGAAAAAUGUUUUUGGAUGUCAAAUUCUACAAAUCUUGAUAUUGAGAGGUCAGCGCCAUAUAGACACUUCAUAUAGAAUAAGGAGAGUUAUGAUCAUCUUUUGCUGAGCCUUUGAUUUUUUCUUUUAUUAUUAUAAGUUGGUGUGGACAUUACACUUGUUGUAUGUAUUGAUGAAUGUUUCUUGUUGAGUUUUUCUUUUGAACAUAUCCUACACUUUUACCUCCCCUACUCGACAAUGUGGACCAUACCUGUCUUUUUCUUAGUGCACUCAUAAAGGGCAUCAAUGCUGAAUCAUGGAAUUCAAAUAUAAACCAGGGGUUAUGUAUGAACUUAUUUUUCUUUUCAUACAUGAAGAAGGGAACAUCUAGUCCAUUUUUUAAACAAAAUUAUCAUAUCAGUUACAUUUUUAUUGACAAAUUUGUUUUGUAUUUUUAACAGCUAUCACUUUAAAUAUCUUUAUGUUGUUAAUUGUUCUUGUAUUGUUGUUUGAUAAAUUUGUGCCAUGACUUAAGUUAGCUAAAAUACAAUUAAUGGUUGUUAAGUCAUAUUUUAUCAUUUUGAUUUACAUACAAAAAAACAAUACCGUUUUAAACAUAAUAAUAUUUAUAGUUUGCAAAUUUAUGACAGCUGUUUCCUGCUAUUUUAUUUUUUAAAAUUGUGUUUUUUGUUUAACGAUCUGAUGUAUGUGCAUAAUAAAUAUAAUCAGGAUUUAUUUCAAAUAGAUAAUUCAAUACAUGUCCAACUUAAAUUUACAAUAUAAAUAGGUUGUUAUUGUUUCUAUAAUGAUUUAUACAUUUAAUCUUUUCAGAUGAGUAAGCAGAUUACUUGUACAUAAUGACUUUUCAUAUUAAAUCUAACCUUGUUUAUCUUGUUUAUUUUUAGGACAUGUAUUUAUAUUUCUAGUCAAUCCAUGACUUCGCUGUAUCAUCAUUAGACAUAAUACGAAAUGACUAACCGGGUAUCAUUUGAGUCAAUCCAUGACUUUGCUGUAUCAGCAUUAGACAUAAUACGAAAUGACUAACCGGGUAUCAUUUGAGUCAAUCCAUGACUUUGCUGUAUCAGCAUUAGACAUAAUACGAAAUGACUAACCGGGUAUCAUUUGAGUCAAUCCAUGCAAGAACUGAAAUGGGUUUAUUAUGUUUUUGAACUUAAUGUUAAGGUUUACGGAGUGAAAAGUCCUAUGUUUGUGAAUGCCAUAGUGACAUUUAUGUUGAUUCAUGAAUAUUUUAGUAAUUUGUAUACAUGCUUUAGGAAUGACACAAGUUUCAUAUUUAUCAUAGUCAUUACAUUAAUGUGUUCCUAUGUUGAAUAAGGUCAUCAUUCCAUGUACACAUGCAAUAGAAUAUGUCUAUGUACUAGAAUGCCACAACUGCAUAUAAUUAUUUGCAUAGAAUUAUUUGAUGUCUCAGUAAUUUAAACCCAUAAUAAAUAAGGUCAACCUGUCAUGUGUACGUGUGAAUGAACAUAUCUACGUACCGCAUGUUUUUAUUAUUGUCAUAAAAUAAUUAAAUGUCUCAGUAAUGUACAUCUAUGUUGGUUUAUACUAAUUUAUUUUAGCUCGAUUGAGACGAAAGCUGAUAGCUUAUAAGAUCACUCUCGAGUCCGUUUCCUGGGCAGAAACCAGUACUGUGUCCUUUUUUGAGAGGCCAUGAGAAAGUACCCCUAGUGGGGAUCGAACCCACAACCUCUUGGGUGAGAGGCGGACACCUAUACCACUAGACCACUCUCACAUCUAUGUUAAAUAAUGUCACAAAUCUAUGUGAUGGGAUGUAUUUAUGUUCUAGAAUGUUACAACUGCAUAUACAUCGUUGUCAUAAAAUCCUUAAAAUUAAUGUCUCGAUGAUGUGUAUAUAUGUAAAAUAAUGUCACUCAUCCAUGUUCUCAUGUGAUUCAAUGUACAUGGUGUAUCUAAGGCGUAACAUGUUAAUGCACGUUAGAUUUCUGCCUUCUUUUUACUACAUUAAAAUUAGCGUUAGUGUGUAGAUAAAGGAAAGAAAACACACUCUUAACAUCGAACAAAUAUGCUAUAAUGCUAUGAAUACUUAAGCACUAAAGUUUGGCACGGGUUUGUAAUAUUGAAAUUAUUGGUAUCAAGGGACAUUGGAAUAUGAAAUUUUACUUAAAUUUGAGCUAAAAAUUCUUUUAAACGCGGUCAAUUUGUUGGAAAUGUGCAUAUGUUAUGAAAUACGAAUCAUUAUGGGGUUUUUAUGCCCCCACAAAGUGGCGGCAUAUAGGGUUGCCCUUGUCCGUACGUACGUCUGUCUGUACGUACGUACCGUACGUACGUACGUACGUACGUACGUACGUACGUACGUCCUGAAGAUUGUUUCCGAUCUAAUUCUUGAAAACUGUUUGUCCAAUCCUCACCAAACUUUAAACACAUGUUUGUGACCAUAAUAUCUUGAUCAAGUUCGAUAGUCAUGGAAAUCGCUUUAGUCAUUUAGGAGUUACGGCCCUUUUUUGCCAAAAAUACUUCAAAAUAUAUGUUUCCAAUCUAAUUCUUGAAAAGUAUGUGUCCAAUCCUCACCAAACUUUACAUACAUGAUUGUGACCAUAAUAUCUUGAUCAAGUUCGAUAGCCAUGGAAAUCGCUUUUGUCAUUUAGGAGUUACGGCCCUUUAUUUGCAAAAAAAGACUUGAGAUUAUCCUGAAUAAUCAUUAUGGCUUAUUUUCUGUGACAAAAAAUCGAAGUGGGGGCAUCCGUGUCCUAUGGACACAUUUCUAGUUCAACUAUGGCCGUUUUAACAUUUCAGCAAGGUCAGGUAAAAAUCAAUUAAACCAGUAUAUCCCUCAAUAAAAUAUGCAAGGUAAAGGUAAAUGUGUUUAAUUAUUACAAAGAAGCUGUAUUAUUUUAAUCAGCAUAAUUUGUUGGUACCAUUAAAUAUAUUGAAUUAAAACAAACCUUGCAGAACAUUUGUCAUUAAGUAUGCACCUCUGUGAGCAUUAGAAUGCCAGGGAUAGCUAUACAUGUCUCAAAAUGCUUUUAUGUUCUGCACAUAUUCAUGUAAAUAUAUUAAUUUUUUGAAAUGCUUUCCUGUAUAACAUGUUAUGUUUUUAAAUGCUUUUAUGUUAUGCAUAUAUAAAUUGAUCUUGUUUUAAAAGGCUUUUAUGUUAUGCAUAUAUAACAUUUUAUGUUUUUAAAUGCUUUCAUGAUAUGCAUAUAUAAAUUGGUCUUGUUUUAAAUACUUUUAUGUUAUAAUUAUUGACCAUGUUUUAAAAUGUUACAGACUGAUACUAUGAAUGUAAUGUUAUGUAUCCAUGUUUGUCAGAUGUUGUUGUUAAUUUCUAAAGUGCCUUAGGAAUAAUAUUUUUGCUUUAAAUUCUUAACAUAUGGAUUUGUAAUGGAAACAGGUCUUUAAGGUACUUUUUCAGUAAAUAUACACAUUUGUAAAUAUGACGCUUUAUGUCCAAAAAGUGUAAUUAUAGUCAAAAGAUCAUGUUUAAAGAACUAAGUAUUACUUAUUGUGCUAUAAAAUGGAUGGUUUAUCAGCAGUUGUUGAUUUUAAACUCUUUUUAUUACUACGAAUUUUAUUAAAUGUGACGUAUUAUGUAUUCUCUUGUGGCGGGGGGUAGGCGGCAUCUACCAAGUCAUCCGCGCUGCAAAUGGAUUUUUCUGUGGCGGCGGGUAGGCGACACCGACAUGUACUAAUUCAUCCACACCGUAACUUGAGAAGAGUUUGUCAUAUCAUCACCAAGCUUGCACAUGAUGUCUAUGGGCAGAAUAUCUAGCAAGUUUGAUAACUAGACAUAUGCCCGGGUCACUUAAGAGUUGAAGCCCUUGAAUUGCCUCAACUACACAAACUUUAUUUUGAACUCAAGAAGCUUUUGUCAGAUCAUCACCAAAUUUGUGUAUGUGUUUGGGAAAAGGAUCUAGGCAAGGUCCGAUAUUCCUAUAUCAUAACCAGGCAUGUUACCAGUAUCAAUCGAGUUAUGAUCCUUGAAUGUACAAAAAAGUAUCCACAGUCCCACUCUGUAAAUUUGACUCCAAUUAUCUUUGAAACUUGAAUGGGCAUUUUUUGUUACAGUCUGCAUCCAUGUUAUCAAUGACAAAUUGAUAAUGAUUUUACAACUGGUGUUAUGCGUUAUAUAAAUUGUAAGUGUUCCAGUGUUGUUUGUCUAUCAUAACAAGAGAGCGAACUUUAAUAACCAUUGUUAUAUAUUUGUGAUGCUGUCAGAUACGUGUAUUAGGUAGUGAUAAUUAUACAUCGCAUUGUAUUUUUUAUGUUGUGGGUAUAUCUGUUGGAUAUCAAUGAAUUAUAUAUUGAUGAAA